GACAGGCAUCUUCUGGGUCUGCAGCUGCUGUCCUGUAACCAGCCAUGAUCCUCCAGACCGCGGCUCUCAGCCUGUUGCUCUGCUCUGUCCACAGUUUCACUGUACAGGCUCAUUUUGAAAAAAGUGAUGAAUACUCUGGCAACACCAUCGAGGACGAGGACUUGAGCGCCUCCACGCUGAUAGAGAAGGCCAAUGUUAAUGUUGGAAAGAACUUGGAUGAGCCUCUUGUGAUGUAUGGAGACAUAGCAGUGCCAACUGGUUUCCAGAACGCUGAUCCCUGCACCAGACGAGGCUGCCUGUGGCGUAAAUCCAGAGAUGGCAACGUUUACGUGCCGUAUCGCAUCUCCAACCAGUACUCCCGAAGAGAGAGAGAUACCAUUGUCCAAGGUCUGAGGUCAUUCGCACGGUCCACCUGCAUCCGCUUCACCCCCUUAAACAGACAGAGGGACUUUGUGGACAUCAAGUCUCUCUCAGGGUGCUUCUCUUUCGUUGGGCGUCGUGGUAACGCUCAGACGGUGUCUUUGAGUCGCCAGGGCUGUGUCUUCAGGUCAGUCAUCCAACACGAGCUGCUCCACGCCCUGGGCUUCAACCAUGAACAGACCCGGUCUGACAGGGACGAGCAUGUUCGCAUCGUCCUGCAGAAUGUCAUUCCUGGAAUGGAGCACAACUUCAGGAAGAUCAACACAAGGAACCUUGGUACUCCCUAUGACUACGGCUCUGUCAUGCACUAUGGAAGGUUUGCUUUCUCCAGGAACAGGGAGGCAACCAUCAUCCCCAUCCCCGACAGGAACGCAGUCAUUGGCAGGGCCGAAAAGAUGAGUCCUGUUGAUAUCCUCCGGGUGAACCGCCUGUAUAGAUGCAAUACAACUAAUUCCAGACCUGAUCCAGAACGUGUGCCAAUGAACGAGUUCCUUUAGAGUUGAAAGGAAUCCAGAGAAGAGGACGACUGAUGCAGCUCUUUAUCUCCAAGAUAAAAGAGAAAUCAAACUAAGGCUUAAUGAAGACGCUUUAAUUGAAUUCAGAAUGUAACACAAUGAACAUUUGUGCAUUUCCAAUGAGAAUUGAAAAGUAGCAGCUCUGCAUUGAUUUCAUGAUAGAUUUACACUUAUAUGAGAAACUGCUUGUUAGCUUGACUGAGCACAAAUAAAUAAAAAGGUACAGUGUA